CAGCAAUCUGCGAGAAACAGUGGGUCUAACAAGCGAUAUAAAUAUUGCGGGGUAUUUCUUUUCAUCUCAGAUGAUUUCGUUUCAACAUACUGGAAGUUCCUACGAACAAACUACAACCAAUCCUUCUCUAUACAUCAUAAUAUCCCACAUCGAUCCAACAAGCAAGAUUCAAAAAUGUCCACAUAUCUAAUCACCGGCGCAUCUCGCGGAUUAGGAUAUACCAUCGUAUCCCUCCUCGCCACGCAGCCAGAGUCCGAAGUCGCAACCAUCUUCGCAGCUGCGCGCAAGGAUAAUUCCACUCAACUGAAAGAGCUCAGAGAGAAGUAUCCCUCACGGGUGAAAUUCGUCCAGCUAGACGUGAGCGACGACAAGAGUGUCGAAGAGGCGGCGCGUUCUGUGCAGCGGGAAUUGAACGGUGAAGGCAUUGAUGUGCUCAUUAAUAAUGCUGGAAUCAUGCCUUGGAUACAGGGAGGGGUGGAAAAUAUGGAGGAUCUAAAUGACACAUUCAACACCAACGUUACCGGAGUUCAUCGCGUGACGAGGCAAUUCCUCCCAUUGCUGCGCAAGGGCCAGCAGAAGAAAGUGCUCAAUAUUUCCUCAUCCGUCGGAUCAAUUACCAUGGCUCCGCAGUUCCAGAAGAUGCUGACGCCGUCAUAUAAAAUCACCAAGGCGGCUCUGAACUCGAUGACGGCCGAGUAUGGACUAACGUUCGCUAAGGAGGGGUUCACGUUCGUUGCAGUAAGCCCCGGUUAUCUCAAUACAGACCUUGGUGGAAGCGCAGCCGAUCUGCCAGUCGAAGUUGGUGCGAGGGAGGUUAUCCGAAUCAGCAAGGAAGUCAGUAAAGAAGACACUGGGAAGUUUCUCGAUAUUCACGUUCCUGGAUGGGACCCGAAGGGAGGCCCGAAUACGUAUACAGGCGGUGUUCUUCCGUGGUGAUGCUCUGGGAGAGCAAUGAGGGCAAUUUAGCUCCCUUUACUUACUGGCUCGGGUUGCUGCAACUCUAGGUUAGAAAUCCGAUUCCACAACUGGAAUUGACAAUAGCGUAAAUACUACAAUAAAUCAAUGCCAACAGAAAAGGGAAAAAAAAGAAAUAAAAGAAAAUCCGAAACGUCAAACUAAAUCAAUACCGCGCCUAAUGCCCAUUCCGGCAAAUUCAUACGACACAGAAAAUAGCUUGUGCGGUUAUGGACGAAGCACGCACCCCCCACCUAAACAAUACUUAAUACUUAAUCCUUCAAAAGCCCACCGCCCUUAUAUCCCAUAAGAAGUAACAAAGUCCCC